CCUUGACGGCCUUCGACGGCCGCCUCGCCUCGGCCUUCUUCUUACAAGCUCGUGCGAUGCCCCCUUCGCUCUUCCGGAGAAAAAAGAAGGCGGAGGCGGUCGAGGCUGGCCCGGCCGCCGACGCGCCGGCCGGGUCCAGCCUCGCGGCCUACGCCGAUGUGUACAGCCUCGAGCGCGUGUCUGCGCGAGACGGGCCGCCGUCGGGCUCUGGCGGCCCGUCGCUGCGCGACCGCGCGAGGCAGCGCCUGGUGUCAGAGGUGUUCGGGACGCUGCGCGCGAUGCCCUGCGGGGCGGUCCUGCUGGUCGACGGCGUCACCAUGCCCGUCAUCUCGUCGCUCUUCCGCGUGUCGGAGCUGAUGGAGGCGGGCGUGCACCUGGUGGAGCACAUCACGAUGCGAGGGCCGGACGGAAACUACCUGCGCCGGCAGCAGCUGACCUCGCUGCCCGCGCUCUACUUCCUCACCCCGUCGGUCGAGUCGCUCGGCCGCCUCAUCGACGACUUUCGCAACCCAAAGGCUCCCGCGUACGCCAGCGCGCACCUCUUCUUCUCGUCGCGCGUGUCGGACGCGCUGGUCGCCAAGCUCAAGGCCUCGCCAGCGAUGCCACGGGUCCGUUCCUUCAAGGAGGUGCACCUCGAGUUCUCGCUCCGCGAGGCCGACCUCUUUGCUGUCUCCCCCUCGCCGGGCGCCCCGUCUGCCCUCGCGACACUCUUCCGCAUCGACACAGACAAGCCGGCCAAGCGCGCGAGGCUGCACGAGGUGCACAAGAUCGGCACCUCGCUUGCCACCCUCUUCACCACCCUCGGCGCCGCACCGAUCGUGCGCGCCGCUACCUCCGCCGUCGCCGCCGCCAUCGCCUGCGCCACGCAGGAGAAGCUCGACGCGCUCGAUCGGGCGGGCGCCCUCCCGGCUGUCGAGGAGGCGGCGAGCGGCGCGCCGCCGCCCCUGCUGCUCGUGCUCGACCGCGCCUUCGACCCGCUCUCGCCGCUGCUGCACGAGUUCACCUACCAGGCGAUGGUGCACGACCUGCUCCCCGUCGCUGAGGGCGACCGCUACCGCUACACGUACGUCGGCAACAGCGGGCAGAGCCUCUCGAAGGAGGUCCUUCUCAACGAGGCGGACCCGCUCUGGCUGCGCUACCGGCACAUGCACAUCGCAGACCUCACGGUCGAGCUCGACGCGGACUACAAGGCCUUUCUGCGAGACAACGAGGCGUCGGCCGGCCUCGCGAGCGGCAACGCCGACCUGUCGGAGAUGGCCGCCGGGCUGCGCGCGAUGCCGAAGUUCCAAGAGGCGAUGGGGCGCUGGUCGCUGCACAUCUCCCUCGUCUCCGAGCUCGUCUCGCGCUACGAGGCCUUCGGGCUCGAGGCGGCGGCGCUGCUCGAGCAGGCGAUGGCGUGCGGCAGCAGCCCGGACGGCAAGCCGUGCACCUCCCCGCUCGCCGACCUGCGCUCCCUCCUCGCCGACGACGCGACGGCGCGCUCGCCGAUCGACGCGCUGAGGCUGCUGAUGGUGUACGUGGUGACGCAGGAGGGGAUCAAGCCCGAGGUGCGGCGCGAGCUCUUCGAGCUGGCGGGCAUCCAGCCAGAGGACCAGGUUGCCAUCCUCAACCUCUUCCACCUCAACGUCAACCUGACGCACGGACUCAAGCCGCCAAAGCCGCCGCAGAGAAAGCAGCCGGAGCCGGCUGUUGAGCCCGCCGCGUCCGCCGCACCGGUGCGCGAGUCGGGGUACGACGUCUCGCGCUUCACGCCGCCGCUACGCAGCCUGGCGCAGCGCGCUCUCUCCGGCGAGCUUCCGUCGGACGACUUCCCGUACAUGAGGCCACAUCUCGCCGCCAGCGCCGCGGCGACGCCGACCCACGAGGCGGCCGGGCUGCCCAGCUGGGCGACGGACGCGGCGGCCGAGCCCGCCGGCGCGGCGGGCGGAGCGGGGGGCGGAGGGCGGCGUCUGGUCGUCUUUGUGGCGGGCGGCGUGACGUACGCGGAGGCACGAGAGCUGCACGAGCUUGGGCGCGAGAUGGGGUGCGACGUGAUGCUCGGCGCGACCGCGCUGCUCACGCCGCAGCGGUAUGUCAUGGAGCUCAAGGAGCUCAAGGCGCUCGAGUCGCGCGUCGAGCAGCGCGCCUGAGGGAGGGAGGCGCGGCUCCGGCUCCGGCGCACGCUGCGUGAGUCGGCACUACAGCGCGCCGGAGCGUUGUGGAUUAGCCCGGUCGAACACCCCCCGAACCAAUAAACUCCCCCAUUCAGCUGAGAGGUUUUGGAUUUCGCUCCCGCGCAAUCGAGUCAUCAAGCAUGGUGGUUGGUGCCCAACGCGCAACGGCGGCAAAAAAACUAAAAAGCGCCGGUAGCAAG